AUGGCCGGAAGCAAGGCUCUCACCCACCUACAAACCGGCCAGAAAGCUCACAAGCGCCUCGGCGAAGGGUAUCAUAAGCACAUACAGCAGGAAGCAACCCCGGCUCAAGAGGACGAAUACGCCGAGGUCACAGGUCUCAUACGGAGUAUACUAGAAAAAGCUGCCCCCAGCCUCGCCAUCGAGGAUUUCGGCUCGGACGUGCUAGACGCGGUUUUUGGUGUCCGUGAAGGUGAUCCAAGGAAGAUUCCGAUGUUGGGUGUCAGUGCGGAUGAUGAUUUGUCUGUCUUGUGCUUUCGUUUGAUGUUUCUUUCUUUCUCGCCUGCCAUUUGA